UUGCGUGCGUCGCCCGGUAUACUCCGCGACCGCGACUCAGCUGUUCGAAGACGGAUCAAUACUAUUGAUUUCCUGGACCGAGCGUUGUCAGCUGACGAGCGCUUGACGACGCGUGUAAACAACGAGUUGAAUCUCGGUCUCGAGCCUUGUCGGACGCGUGAAUAAAGCUGCUUGGUUUUACAUUAUAAAAGUGUCUUUCAUUUCCGCGGCGCGCACGCUACAUUUUGGGGGCUCGUCCGCUUGUCGGACCUUGAGGAACGCGCGCGGAUCUAGUGAUAAGUGCGCGGAGUGAACAGACGAGAAGAAGCGGAGAAUUCGAAGGAUGUCAAUCCACCGUUCUCCUGUGAUGACCCGAUCUCACGCUUCUGCCGCUGCGGAGGGAGACAGAACGGAUGUUCGAAACUCGGAGCAGGAGACGCCGGGGAUCGUAAAGGCGCUCCUAGAGGAGAUGCGGUUGCUGCGCGAAAGCCUGACUCAAAGGGAGGAGGAACAAGCCGCGACGCUGCGACGGCACGAGGAGGAGCUGCGCUUUUUACAGCUGAGUCUUUUGAAUAAUAUUCCGCAAAACGGAAACGCGGGCAGUGAGUCGCGUGUGUCCGGGGCGGGCGCGGACGCGCGGCGAGAGGACGCGUUCGGUGCGGACGUGGACGCGCGGCGGGAGGAUGCGCGAAGUGAAGCGCGAAUGUCCGUCGGUCUAAAAUUAAAGCCCGAUACCUACGACGGGACGGCUCCGUUACGCGAGUUCCUCGCUCAAUUUUUGCUUAUCGCGAGUGCGAAUCAUUGGAGCGAGUCUGAGAAGGCGGUAGUUCUUGCUUCCUGUCUGCGGGGGAGGGCGCGUUCACUUUUGGACUCGUUUCCGGCUGACGAGGGCUCCAUUUCGUUUGCGGAGCUCAAGUCAAAGUUAGAACUUCGAUUCGGGGAAAGUGAGCUUGCGCAAAAUUUUUAUAUGCAGUUCACGAAUCGGAAGCAAGGGGCGGGGGAAGAUUUCGCGACGUUAGGCGCGGAUUUGGAGCGCCUAUCGCGUAAAGCGUAUCCCGAGUGCUCGUACGAAGUGCGCGAUAAAAUUUCUUGUUCGCAGUUUAUCGCUGCGCUGUCGGACGGGUUUGUCAAACGCUCCCUUCAAGUUGAAGGGGUAACAUCUUUACGAGUAACGGUUGAGCGCGCGAAGAUGUUAAAGUCUUUUAAUUUAAAUAGCUUUUCGGAAAAAGGAGGGAGUGAAGCCGAUGUGAGUUUAAAUCGAACCGAUACGAAUCCGAGCCCGAAUACGAAAUAGGGGGUUUAUUCUAAUGUUAACACUGUUUUGAAGUCAAUUUUAGUUCAUGUUUUUGUGUUUUUGUUCUGUUUGUUUUCUUGUGUGUUUCAGUUGCUCUUCGGAGAGCAGUUUCUUUUUAGAAGAAGGGCGGACAAAGAGGGAUCUCUUUCGGAAGGAGGUCGCUACUUGUAGGGAAGAAGACUGCCUCAUCCACGGUUUUUGACCGUGGUUUUCCCGUGGAACUUAGGGCAAAUGCCGAGGCAGAGGACGGGGAGCUUUUUAAAGCGUUGGGUCCACGGAGAUAAAUUCCCCCCCCGAUCCUGAAAAAAGAAGAAAGAAGUGCACAAGAUCCGACGUCGAGGGACAGUAUCGCAAGGGGAGUGGAGCACGGGGACGCGGAAGGAUUCGGGAGGUCCUGCGUGAGAGCUGGAUGAGCUCGGCGUGAGAGGAUGCCCGUGGUAGUCCUUGCAGGGGACGAAAAACUUCGGUGGACGUGGCUCGGGAACCCGUUGCAGCAGCUCGGGAAGAGCAGGAAAUCGUCCGGGAACCGAGGGAGUCUUCUGCGGAGAGCGCUAAAACUGUUUCCCUGAUUGUCGGGACGACAAUCUAGAAGAAGGGGGGCAGUGUUGCGUGCGUCGCCCGGUAUACUCCGCGACCGCGACUCAGCUGUUCGAAGACGGAUCAAUACUAUUGAUUUCCUGGACCGAGCGUUGUCAGCUGACGAGCGCUUGACGACGCGUGUAAACAACGAGUUGAAUCUCGGUCUCGAGCCUUGUCGGACGCGUGAAUAAAGCUGCUUGGUUUUACAUUAUAAAA